GUGUCACGGUUUCCCUCUUUUCCUCCAAAGAUACCUAUAAGAUGACUUCUGCACAUGACAAAGCUGUCCUCCAGGCUAUAUUCAACCCCUCCACCCCCUUUGGGGACAAUCCUGGCCUUUACCAGGAGGACGAAUUAACUGAUGAUGACAGCGGUUUUGACACAGAGUUGCUGAGGCAAGUGAAAGAGUUGGAGAUGCGGGGUGUCUCAGCGGCAGAGGCUGGGGAUUUGCAAGCUGCACUUCAGCUGUUCAGCCAGGCAAUCCGGAUCCUGCCUGCGCGAGCCUCCGCCUACAACAACCGGGCCCAGGCCCUGCGGCUGCAGGGGGACGCAGCAGGGGCCCUGCAGGAUCUGGACCGGGCCAUCACCCUGAGCGGCGGCGCUGGGCGCACUGCCUGCCAGGCUCUGGUGCAAAGAGCUCUCUUACGUCGGUUGGAAUGCCAGAACGACGACGCCAGAGCGGAUUUUGAGAGAGCAGCUGCGCUCGGGAGUGAAUUUGCUCGUCAGCAGGCCGUGGUCCUCAAUCCCUAUGCUGCCCUGUGCAACAAAAUGCUCUCAGAGGUGAUCAACAAGCUUCGCAACCCUCAGGCACCGGAGAUGCAGUAGUUAAUGAUGUGUUGCAUGUGCACCUUUUUGUUCUGAUGUCAAUAAAAAAAAAAAACU